AUGGCGGAAUCACAAACUGUUUCCGCGGGAGGAACCAAGUUCUGCUCCCUCAAGACACUCAAUCCCUACGUGGUUCGCUGGGCGCUCAAAGUCCGCGUCGACGAGCGCACGGACCUCAUCUCCACCAAAAAUGGCAGACACUUUUUCACAGCUGAUCUCAAAGAUGCCUCCGGAGAGAUGAUUCGCGCGGUGUUUUGGGGUGACGCUGCAGAGCAGUGGACUUCCGUCGUCAAGCAGGGCAAGGUCUACCAGAUGAGCAAAGGACGCGUGCAAGUCGCGAACAAGAGAUUCAACACGCUCGGACACCAGUACGAGCUCGUCUUUUACCGCGACUCAGAAAUCUCGGAGGUCGCCGACGAGGGCGAGAUCUCUACAGCGCGCAGUUUGAAGGCGCUCAUGAGCCUAAGAGACAUCGCGGAGUCCAAGCGCGAAACACCCUUCCUGGCGGACGUGCUCGGCGUAGUCGUCGAGACCCAGCCGGUCGCGUCGGUCGUCUCGAAGAAGACCGGCGAGGAGUUCAAGAGGCGCAACGUGAAGGUAGUCGAUCGCUCCCAGUACGAGAUGGAAAUUUCCCUCUGGGGCAGCCAGGUCGACGCGCUGGAGGGACUUUCGCUGCCGCGGGUCGUGGCCUUCACCGGCCUGCAGGUCCGAGAGUGGCAAGGCGGCCGCCAGGCCUCGACUGGAAAAGGCAGCGAGAUCCUCACGAGCUUGACUGCCUUCGCCGGUGCGGAAAAGGACGCGCAGAGUCUUCUCCAGUGGUACAAAGAGAAUAACGGCUCGGUUCGCUUUGCUUCGAUGAAUCGCCCGCGCGCCGGCGACCUCGGCGCCGCAGGAGCCCUGGAGAAGAAACGCGUAGAAGAAAAAUGCAUUGACGAGAUCAAAGAACAGACGGACGGCGCCUUCAGCUUCAUCGGACAGAUUCGGCGGAUCUACUGGCGCGCGCGGCGACGCGACGCUGGCGAGGGCGAGCGCCAGACGGGCAGCCAAGGCGUCUCCUCGGAUCAGCAGGCUGUCAUCAUGUACCCCGCGUGCGGUUCCUGCCGCAAGAAGUUGAUUGAGAACGGCGAGGGCGACUACACAUGCUACUCAUGCGACAAACAGCACGCCCAAGCUGACUGGCGGUACAUGCUCAUGGUCAACUUCAUCGACCAUACAAGCAACGUGGCUGUCCGCUGCUUUGCAGAUCAAGCUGAAGAGCUACUCGGCGUACCCGCGAACGAGCUUCGUACCUGGAGCUUGAAGGAGAAGGAGAAACUCAUGGACUGCCUUCUGCCUCUCGACCACUACUUCCGCGUCGUGCUGCGUGCUCGCACCGAGAGCUACAACGGCGAAGAGCGUCUGCAGCGCACAGCAAUCAAAAUCGAGAAGCUGUCGCCGCUGGAGGCUGCGAAGCGCCUCGUGACUCUUACGAAGGAACUGCUGGCGCAGGCAAAUCCGAAGUGCGGCGACGAUCUGCGCCGCAAGCGUUCGGACGCGCUGACGGCGGGCGACGAGGAGAGCGCGCAAGACGAGAGUGCGAUCCCUAACAUGAAGGUGGAGGCCGCAUGA